CUGAAUAAUCAGCUGCUCUUCAGUUUUAAUCUCUCAUUGGUUUGUUUUGAUUUUCGUGGCAAAUUUUACUUACUAUGUUGAAGAGCAGCAAUAUAAAUAGCGUCCUCAACGAGCUCCCCGAACAGUCAGUUCAAUCAUCCUCCAGUUCUAAUGGAAAUCCAAAACGGGAUGCGGAAACUUGUUGCUCCUCCAAGGAUCAGGAUGUCAUGGGCAGUCUAGCCGCCUUGCAAUUAUCCGCCGGGGUACUCCAAAUAGCGGAACCCCCUUUAGAACAUGUCCGUGGACAGCUCAGGGAGUUAAUUGGAAGGCAAAACAAAAUAUACAUUGACUUGUCCAAGGAGAAAUACAAACUGGACUGCAGCGAAGUGGCCAAACUGAACGACAUGAUGAGUGAUGUGAAGCGAUACAAGGAAAAAUUGACAAAGAUCAAGAAAGAAAUGCAGGGCGUCUACCAGCGAACCAAGGAGUUAAAGAAACGAGCCGCAAACGUGGCGGCCUGCAAGCAGCGUGACUACCAGCGGAAAAUCGACAGGCAACAGCACGAGGAGUCCCUCAUCGGCAGUCAGUAGACGCACUGGGUCGGAUCUUCACCAGAUCUCGGAUUUUACAAGCCUCUGCACUCUGUAAAGGCGCAUUUACAUUGGGAUUUCCGUUAACAACUAGCUAACAACUUAACACAGAUAACAGUUGAACAAAAGUUAAACUAUUUGGAUACAUAAGUAAUAAUAAUAAUUGUAUAUGUUAUAAGAGUUUGCUUUUGUAUGCCUGCGAUAAGUCGGAAAGCAUUACAUUGUAUAUUGUGUAUAGUUAAGUAAAUACUUAAGAGAUUUUGCAGAAAAAUGGAGCCACAUGCACUCGGAGUAAGGAUAUCCAAUGGCUACAAUACACUUAGCUACAAAUGUUAUUUAUAAAUAUACAAAUACGUAAGUGUAACAUUAAGAUGGUGUGGAGAAACAAUAGUUGAACAAUCACAGCGCUGAGGCAGCGGCUUAUAUAAACUACAAUUGACAUGCAAACAACCUGCUGCGCUUGGAAUUCUACAAAUAAUUAAAUUCUCAAAUUGAAUUCAAAGGUAAAUGAGGAAGAGAUUCGCCUACGCGGCAUGCACGUACAUAGGUGGCAAUGUGUGGGAGUGUGGGGUUACUAGCAUAAGUUACUACUUAAAUAAAGCACGUUUACAAUACAGGUA